UGAGUGGCAGCCACUGAACUACAGUACUUGAUGUUUGCCUGCUGCUUUCCAAAGUGAUAUCUUGAUCCGCUUUUUUGAUCGUGGAGACUCAUUUAAUUGAAUAUUUUGACGGAUCCUUUCCCGGCUUGUGACAGCGGAGCUGCUCAAGGCAGGACAACUCUGAGUUGAGCGGGGGAGGCUGCCCUGGAUCUGGAGAGAAGAGGCGACUUUGGAAGCAGUAAUGAGCCAUCCUGACUACAGGCCGAACCUGGCGACCCCCAGAGGUGUGUCCUCUGUGGUUGGCCCACAUGGAGUUGGUGUUUCGCCAGGUGACAAAAAGUCAAAGAACAAGUCCACACGAGGGAAGAAAAAGAGCAUAUUUGAAACCUACAUGUCCAAGGAGGAUGUUUCAGAAGGCUUGAAGAGAGGAACGCUUAUCCAGGGUGUAUUGAGAAUUAAUCCAAAGAAGUUUCAUGAAGCCUUCAUUCCUUCCCCGGAUGGUGAUCGAGACAUUUUUAUUGAUGGGGUUGUUGCUCGUAAUAGAGCCUUGAAUGGGGAUCUGGUGGUCGUGAAGCUGCUUCCAGAGGAGCAAUGGAAGGUAAUUAAACCCGAGAGUGGUGACAAAGAGCCAGAAGGUGCCUAUGAAUCAGAGCCCCCCGGGGAGCUCUGUGGAAGCCGCGUCCUGCAGCCCUCCCCGAAAGACUGUCAUGACAGUCCUGAUGUCAUCAUAGAGGCCCAGUUUGAUGACAGCGACUCCGAAGAUGGACAUGGCAGCACACAAAGUGCCCUGCUUGAUGACGUUAAGAGACUCUCAGUUUGUGUUCAUGAAAAAGGAAAAGAGAAAGCCAGUGCAUCAGCUACAAAAGACAAGAGCACCUCUGUGGCAGCGGACAUAAGAGCUUUACCAGAGAAGUCGCUGCAACGAUCAGCAAAGGUGGUUUACAUCGUGGAGAAAAAGCAUUCCCGAGCAGCGACGGGCUUCCUCAAACUCCUGGCUGAUAAGAACAGCGAGCUGUUCAGAAAAUACGCGCUGUUUUCGCCCUCGGACCACCGAGUGCCUAGAAUAUACGUGCCUCUCAAGGACUGUCCCCAGGACUUUGUGACCCGGCCUAAAGAUUACGCCAACACGCUGUUCAUCUGCCGCAUCGUGGACUGGAAGGAGGACAGCAGCUUUGCCCUGGGGCAGCUGGCUAAGAGUCUUGGGCAGGCUGGUGAAAUUGAGCCUGAAACAGAGGGAAUACUAACAGAGUAUGGUGUGGAUUUCACGGAUUUCUCUUCAGAAGUUCUAGAAUGUCUCCCUCAAGGCUUGCCCUGGACAAUACCACCAGAAGAAAUCAGACAGAGACGAGAUUUAAGAAAAGACUGUGUCUUCACCAUUGACCCAUCAACUGCCCGAGACCUCGAUGACGCCCUCUCCUGCAAGCCGCUGGCUGAUGGUACCUACGAAGUGGGAGUUCACAUCGCCGACGUCAGUUACUUUGUUCCCGAGGGAUCCGAGCUGGAUAAAGUGGCUGCUGAGAGAGCGACAAGCGUCUACCUCGUUCAGAAGGUGGUCCCCAUGCUUCCCAGGCUGCUGUGUGAGGAGCUGUGCAGCCUCAAUCCCAUGACCGACAAACUGACCUUCUCCGUGAUCUGGGUGCUGACUCCGGAGGGCAAGAUCCUCAGUGAGUGGUUUGGCCGGACCAUCAUCCACUCCUGCGCCAAGCUGAGCUACGACCAUGCACAGAGAAUGAUUGAAAGCCCGUCUAGGGCAGUCCCUGAGACCGAGCUGCCUCCCAUCUCCCCGGAACACACCGGUGAGGAGGUACACCAGGCUGUCUUGAAUCUCCACAGAAUUGCAAAGGAGUUACGCAAACAGCGGUUUUCGGACGGCGCGCUGCGUUUGGAUCAGCUAAAGCUCGCUUUCACUCUGGACUACGAGACUGGAUUGCCUCAGGGAUGUCACAUCUAUGAGUACCGCGACAGCAACAAGCUGGUGGAGGAGUUCAUGCUCUUGGCCAACAUGGCAGUGGCCCACAAGAUACACCGAGCCUUCCCUGAGCGCGCCCUGCUGCGUCGGCACCCCCCACCCCAAACCAAGAUGCUCAGUGACCUAGAGGAGUUCUGUGACCAGAUGGGGCUGCCCAUGGACUUCAGCUCCGCUGGGGCCAUCGAUAAAAGUCUGACCAAACUAUUUGGAGAUGACAAAUACUCACUGGCCCGGAAGGAGGUGCUCACCAACAUGUGCUCCCGGCCCAUGCAGAUGGCGCUGUACUUCUGCUCGGGCGUGCUAGAGGACCAGGAGCAGUUCCGGCACUACGCCCUCAACGUGCCGCUCUACACGCACUUCACCUCGCCCAUCCGCCGCUUCGCCGACAUCAUCGUGCACCGUCUCCUGGCCGCCGCGCUGGGCUACAGGGAGCUGCCAGACGUGGAGCCCAGUGUCCUGCAGAAGCGGGCCGACCACUGCAAUGACCGCCGCAUGGCGUCCAGUCGCGUGCAGGAGCUCAGCAUCGGCCUCUUCUUUGCCAUCAUGGUCAAGGAGAGUGGUCCCCUGGAGUCGGAAGCCAUGGUGCUGGGCGUCCUGAGCCAAGCCUUUGACGUGCUGGUCCUGCGCUACGGGGUGCAGAAGCGUGUCUACUGUAAUGCCCUGCCCCUGCGGUCCCACCACUUCCACAAGGUGGGCAAGAAGCCGGAGCUCACGCUCGUCUGGGAGCCUGAGGACAUGGAGCGGGAGCCAGUGCAACAGGUCAUCACCAUCUUCAGUCUGGUGGAGGUGGUGCUACAGGCAGAGGCUGCAGCCCUCAAGUACAGUGCCAUCCUGAAGCAGCCGGGCACCGAGGGCCUCCUGGGCCCGCAGGACGAGGAGAGUGACAAGGACAACGAGCAGGAGGACUGAGGCCGCCAGCCCGGCCCCACCCUACCCGCCCACCUGUCCCACCUGCUGUCUUUUAGGACUAGAACCUUUGGCACCAAAGGGGAUUUUUAAUUUGGUUUUUAACAACUCAGGGUUUUGUUUUUAUUUUUUCAUUGUAUUUUAUUAUUUGCAGCUCAGUUUUUAAACAAACUAGAAGGUAGAGGGUAGGGCUGGACGGACGGCUGAGGCCUGGCCAGUGCUAACCAGAGCAAAAUGGUAUCCGGGAGUCCAGCCCCCCUUCUGCCAGGCCACCCACUGCCUUCCCCUGCCCAGGAAACGGGGGUGGGAAUGGAGGUUCAGCAAAUCAGUGUCAUGGAAUAAAACCAAGUGCCGUCCAGUGUGUGGGGCACCUUUGGGAGGCCGGGGUGGCAGCCUGCUCCUGGGGCCCCAGUUGAGGGACCUGGCUCAGACUCCACCCCGUAUAGCUGAGCUGGGGUCACCACCCUCCCGAACCUUCCUGUCAGUUCCAGGAUGAUUCACAGAGCUGGCCGCCUGGCAGAUUGAUGCCAGCCCCUCUUUCUGGCUGAUUAGAAAUGUAAUUAGUAUGCAAGACAACAAGCUUGCCCGUCACCCAACCGCUUGCAGCUGUGUCCAUCCCUGCCCCCACCACUUCCCCUCUGCCUGCCAGCGCACUCGGCCUCAGGAGGGGGGCCAUGGGUCCUGUGACACCCCCUCCCCCCAUUCCUGGGCCAGAGCUCUGAGUGGCCCCGCCCACCCCUUGGUUCAUGCCGGUGCCGUAGCACCUUCUGUCCCAGUCCUGCACCUGGGCGGCCCCGAGGGAACGUGAGGCCAGGGCCCUCAAUGGCGUUCCUGACCAGGGACGGGGAAAUGGGCUCCUGGUGACCCAUCCUGGCUUAGCCACCUGUCUGGCACCUGACGUCCACUGAUGCCACCAACCUCAGGGGCGCAGGGACAGAGAUGGUGGGCCACUGGACGGUGUUCUCGCCCCAGCGGGCCUGUGCGUCUUCCCCACCGAACUAGGAAACCACAGGUUGGCUUCCCCAAGAGCUCCUAGAAACUAGAAGACCACGGUGACCAAGGGCCCGGUCCCACCGUGCUGUUAAACGGUGCUGGCGUUAACAAGCUCGGUCUGGUUCUACUGAACUUUCUUCAAAGAGAAGUUCAGCGCAGCACGUUGUAGGAGGGCCUUGCGGUGGCUGCAGUAGUGACUGGGCACGGCUGCACUUGUGUGCCACUUGCCAGACGUGGGCAUCGUCCACCCAGCACUGGGCUGGGCACCAGAGGGAACAGAGGGCACGUUGCUAUACCUGCCCCCAGUUCUUUUGUCUCCUCUUAGCACCUCAGUCCGCCUUCAGUCUGUCCUUCCUGCCACUUCCAAGAUGUCCCAGGGGCCACCAUCCCUUUCCUGUUCCUGUCCCCAGAGUCUUUGCCUAGAGCCAAGUAUCUGGAAGGGACGAGAGGCGAGCGUCUGGUGGUUUGGUAUUUGGAUGAGCGGGUGUCAGGUGCUUUCCUGGCCUGGGUGGCCAGACAGCCCAGCAGGGAGCCGUCCCGAUGCUGCCCCCGUCCCCUUAGCUGCCCCACCCUCUGAGGAGGAGCAGCCCUCUUCUCUGGUGCUGUCCCCAGGACCUCCCACAGAGCCUGGGAGCUGAGGGCAGAGCAGCGCCCCUUGGAGUCCGUGGGUCAGAGCUGGGCUCCCUGGUGGGCAGUGUGGACCCAGACCAGACGUCCCUCCUACUGCCACAGCGAGGACUCGCCAGCUCAGUCGGUGAGGGACGCUGCGCUGCCUGGAUUUGCUUGGGAGGCAGAGGCUGGCCUCCCCCAGAUGCCCCCUGAAGCCAUGGGGUCAUAGCAGCCCCACCUCAUCGGCAGGAGUGAGAACUGCAUCCUGGCCAAGGUGAUGGCGAGGCUGCCCGGCCAGGACCAGGCCUCAGGCAGCUGCCCUCCACCACACGCUCUGCCUGGGCCCAGCGCCCUUCGCCCACUGCAGCUGCGUCCUCAGUCUUCACCUGCUCAUUCAGCCAUUGUUGACGCCGCCCAUCUGCGGGGCAUUGGUGGGACACAUGCCAUGGGUCCAGUGGGAAAGACUCUCUUCUGUGGCCCCACGCUGAAGGGACUAUUGACAAAAGGGGUGACGUGACACAGAACCUCGUCAAAAACGAAGACUGCUUCAUUUCUUUGGCUGCCCCAGAGCACCUGGGCGCCAUUGCAGGCUGAAGCCCAGGCCACAGAGCACAGCUGGCUUUUCCCCAAGUGGCCACCUCCGGUCACCAUUGUGGGAGGGAGAUGUAGACAAUGUCACCACAUAACGAGGUUCUGGCAAAGUUCAGAGGGGCAGUACCCAGAAGACAGCACAGGCAGCAGGCCCCACAGGAGCAAAGCUACUGAGGCUCGAAGGGACUUGACACAAGCCGUGAAGGUCUGAGGUCACUAGGGCCAGAGUGCCGGGAGGACAUGCAAGGUGAUGCUGGGAAGGUAGGAACAGGUGGACCACCUCAGCACCUGUGUGCCGGCCAGUUUCCGUGCUGUCCUGUGGGCAGUACAGAGCCAUGAAGGGUUUUCAUCCGGGCCUUGACGCGA